AGUUUGUGAACAGGAGAGAUAGUCUCUUCCCACUCCAGCACACUUUGUCGACCUUGACUUUUCGCCCGUUGUAUUUAAGCAACGUUGCACUGAGUCAGAUGAGAUUAGUCUUGGAUGUCGUUAGGGCUGGUCGGAAACAUGUCUCAAUACAAGCUGAUUUAUUUUGAUUUCCGAGGACGAGGGGAACUGUCUCGUUUGCUCUUCGCUCUGGCGGGACAGGAAUAUGAAGACGUCAGAUUCAAGAGGGAAGACUGGCCAGCAGAGAAAGACAAGUACAUCUUCGGCAGAGUUCCGGUGUUGGAGGUAGAUGGGAAACAGUAUGGACAGAGCAUGGCUAUCGCCAAUUUCCUGGCCAAGCGGUUUGGUUUCCAUGGCAGCACUGAGGUUGAAGUACUAGAAGUUGACCAAGUCCUUGGGAUUGUCGGGGACAUACUUGCAGCCAUGGGUCGAGCUUUCAUGGAGAAGGACGAAGGAAGAAAGGCGGAGAUUGUGAAGGAAAACACUGAAACUAACAUUCCAAGGUUUCUGGGCUUCCUGGAGACUGUGUUGAAAAAUAACAACACUGGAUACUAUGUGGGCGAUAAGCUUGGAUAUGCCGAUGUGGCUGCAUUUGAUAUCCUGUUUGCUGCUGGCGUUGAACAAAGAUUCGAAGGACGCUUCCCAUUGGUCAAAGCCAACUUUGAGAAGGUCAAGACUAACGAGAAAAUUGCCCAGUGGCUGGCCAAACGACCGCAGACACCAAUUUAUGCAACAGCUUAUCGACGGUCACAGAACAAGGCCAGCCGUAGAGAGAGCGGGACGUAUUCUACCCGUGCACACAUCACAAUCAUGCCGACAUACAGGUUUCGCUACUUCGACUACAAGGCCGUGGGCGAGCUGUCCCGGCUGCUGUUUGCACUGGCAGGACAAGAGUAUGAGGACGUCAGGAUCACUUAUGAAACAUGGCCCUCGGAGAAGCCAAAUACACCUCUGGGUCAGGUUCCCGUCCUUGAAAUUGAUGGGAAACCCUUUAGCCAGAGUAGCGCCAUAUCCAGAUACCUUGCAAGGACAUUUGGCUUCUAUGGUAACGGCGAUCUGGAAGCUCUAGCAGUGGAUCAGGUUCUAGGUGUGGUCCAAGACGUCAACACCUUCAUGCGCGACUAUCACAAGGAGCAAGACGAAGCCAAGAAGGCUGAGUUUCUGAAGGAGGCGAAGGAUGUGAAAAUACCGCUGUAUUUCGGGAUGUUUGAGAAGUUACUGAAGAACAAUGGCAGCACUGGGCUUUUUGUUGGCAAGAAGAUUAGUAUUGCUGACGUCAGUCUCUUUGAUAUCUGUGACAAAACCACAGAGGCAAUGUUGAAGAUGGAAGACUACCCUCUGGUCAAGAAAUGCUGUGACAACGUGGCGGCCAACCCUAAAAUCAAAGCAUGGGUUGAGAAACGACCAGUUACAGCAUUCUGAUGUGAGACACAUGGAUAUUUCUUCUGAGUACAAGUGGCAAGUACUUGGCAGAAUAAUGUUUACAAUAUAUGAACAUCAGAUGGGUAAUUAUGAUUGUUUUCAUCACGAUGUAAUCCCCGAUUUAGUAUAGAAUAUUGUAAAAAAUUUUUUUUACAUAAAAAGAUUGAGGCGA